AUGGAGGGAACCCGUAGUGGAUGGGGUCGUGGUCGCGGGAUUAGGCAACCCACGACUGAAGGGGGUACUAGGGAAACCACAUCUGAACCAAACCCUGAACCUAGGGUAGAUCCGAAUGUGCAAGUGGCCACAGCCAUCCAACGAAUGACCGACUUGUUAGCUCAUGUAGUGGAGCAACAGGGUCAAAAAGCUAAUCCCUACCCUGGAAACCUUGGUAACCCUAGUAACUAUGUGGAAAGCGAGGAUAGGGCCCUCGAAAGGUUUCAAAAAAUUUUCUCACCGAAGUUUAUUGCAGGGCCAUAUCCAGAUGUGGCCGAGAGAUGGCUAGAAAAGAUGGUGGACAUCUUUGUUGCCCUGCAUUAUACAGAGGAAAGGCAGGGCCUGAACGUGGAGAUCCAGAAGGAUCUCACUGUAGCCCAGAUUAACGUCUUCAGUGAGGCAAUGGAGAAGGCUCAAGUGGAAAAUGCUAGGCUACAAGUGAGAAACUUCCAGGCGAAGAAGCGAGGAUUUCCUGGAAGUAGUUCGGGACAGGGGGAUAAAAGUACCCCUCCCAAGUUUGGACGGGGAACUGGAGGAGGAAGGAUGUUGGGAAUGUCAAGAGGGGCCCCGUCAAGAGGUGGCCAAGUUGGGAGAGGUCAAAGAGGAGGUCUCCAAGGAGGUUCGGCCUCAGCAUCUCGCGGGCCCUGCGGGUAUUGUGGAAAGCCAAACCACACGGAGGACAAUUGCUGGAAGAAGGAGAGAAAAUGUUUACGCUGCGGAAGUACAGACCACCAGUUUGCCAAUUGUCCGGUUCUAUCACGAGAUAGAAGGGGGAGUCAGCAAUCGAUGAGGACCAAUUCCGAACCGGCUCAGGUGGAAGGGACUAAACCUAAGGUAUCGGCUCGAGUGUAUUCACUGGAGCCACAACAGGUCCUCGAUUCUUCUGAAGUUGUAGAAGGUACGAUUCUUGUAUUCCACCGAUUUACGAAAGUUUUAGCAGAUCCCGGUGCUACUCAUUCAUUUGUCAACCCCAAUUUCAUGUGCUAA